AUGGCGUUCGAAUUCCUCCCUUUUCUUUCCGCCGUCUUCGGCUGGAUCUACUUCCUCUGCUGGUCCGGCUCCUUUUACCCGCAGCCUCUCCUCAACCUUCACAGGAAAUCCACGGCCGGCACGACGGUUGACUUCCCCCUGAUUAACUGCCUAGGCUUCCUCGCCUACUUCGUAUCCAACACCGCUUUCUACUACUCGCCCGUCGUCCGCUCUCAGUACGCCGCGCGCAACCAUGGCCUGACACCGACCGUCGCCUUCAACGACAUUACCUUCGCUGCUCACGCCCUUCUUCUCUCCUGCAUCACCACCUCCCAGUACAUCCCCAAGCUCUGGGGCUUCGCGCCGGCCCACGGCACGAAGCCGAGCCGAUUCAUCUCGGGCAUCGCCUUCGGCUGCGUCGUCGGCGUUGUCUGCGUUGCCUUCAUUGUUGCUGCUGCCCCGGGCGACGGUGACCCACGCACGAGCUGGUGUGCCCUCGACGUCGUCUACGCCGUCUCCUACGUCAAGCUCGUCGUCACCCUGAUCAAGUACACGCCGCAGGUCAUGGUCAACUACCGCAACAAGUCGACCAAAGGCUGGUCCAUUUGGCAGAUUCUGCUCGACUUCUCCGGCGGUCUAUUGUCUGUGAGCCAGCAGGCCAUUGACUCGUACCUGCAGCGCGACUGGUCCGGCAUCACGGGCAACCCUGUUAAGUUUGCGCUAGGCAACGUCUCCAUGGUGUACGACGUUAUGUUCAUGACGCAGCACUACAUUCUGUACCGCGGCUCUGAGGGCAAGGUCGACGAGAGGGACUCGCUUCUCCAAGGGGAUGAUGAGGAACAUCAGAGACUGGACUAG